GAGUCAACAAGUGUGCCGGUGGAGAAUAUCACAUGGGAAUCAGACUUCGACAAGCUGGAGAAAUCUAUCCAGGCUGCAGAAGCGAAAGCGAAAGCCGUGGACGAAGGAACCACGUGUGAAGAAUCAAACAGGGUCGUUGUGUUUAACGAGCCCGAACCGAAGAUGAUGCGUCAUUUGAGGCCUCUCUACAUCAGGGCCACACUUGAUGACGUACCAAUGUCGAGAGUCUUAGUUGACAAUGGCGCUGCAGUAAAUGUGAUGCCAACAAGGAUGCUGAAGAAGUUGGGCAAGAACACUAAUGACUUGAUCCCAACAGAAGUGUUUGUGACAAGUUUCAAUGGCGGGUCCACUUCUGCUAGGGGAAUCCUCCCAGUGGUCGUGGGAGUUGGAUCACAGAAGCGGAUGAGUGCUUUCUUCGUGGUGGAUGGAAUGAUAAGCUACAACGCACUACUUGGCCGGGAUUGGAUCCACGCCAACAAGUGUGUUCCUUCAUCGCUGCAUCAGUGUUUGAUGUUUUGGAAUGAAGAUGGUGUUGUUGAGGUGGUACAGGCUGACACAAAGCCGUUUGCCGUUGGGGCCAACGUUGCUGAAGCUUUUUUGUACCAUGGAGAUUUUGGACCACUCGAAAUCAGGAGCGGGGAUGGAGGAACGACCAACGUCAUAGUGUCAAGUGCACGGGUGUUGAGUAAGGCGUGCUUGGACCCAUUGUCCGAAAUCAUGAGACCAUCAAUGCUUGCAUUAGGUGGUCCACCAAAAUCAGAGUAAGCCACCUCAAGAGAGGGUGGAGAAGGCCGAAAUCACGGCCUUGAUAGAGGGGUUGCCGAUCAACGGCGAGGAUGCGAGUAACAAGUUGGGAGAGGAAGCAGUGUGCUGUCUGCGACAUUGUGGACGAAAUCAACUUUGGCGGGAAGGAUGAUCCACAUUCAACGUUCAUAUUGCCAGCUUGCAUGACUCUGACAGUGCACAUUGAACACGCGAGUUUCGCCAACGAAACAGUCACUUGUUGCAGGAACAUUGUCUGACUGAUAUGCUGCAUGGAUGGCAGGAUGGAAAACUUCCGGUCGACAUAGCUUGUGUAAUUAGUAACCAUGAAAGAGGUGCAAAUACACAUGUGAUUCGUUUCCUCGAAAGAAAUGGGAUCCCUUAUCAUUAUUUAGACACAAGCACAGAGAAUAAAAGGGAGGAGGAGAUUUUGAAAUUGGUCCAGAAUACUGAUUUCCUAGUACUUGCCAGGUACAUGCAGGUACUAUCUGGUAAAUUUUUAAGAAGCUACGAGAAAGAUGUAAUUAAUAUUCAUCAUGGACUUCUGCCAUCAUUUAAAGGCGGAUUCCCUUCUAAGCAGGCUUUCGAUGCAGGUGUGAAAUUAAUUGGCGCAACAUCUCACUUCGUCACUGAAGAACUUGAUUCAGGGCCUAUUAUUGAACAGAUGGUUGAGAGAGUCACACAUAGAGAUAAUCUUCGAAGUUUUAUUCAGAAGUCGGAGAACUUGGAAAAACAAUGCCUUGCCAAAGCUAUAAAGUCAUAUUGUGAACUAAGAGUGUUACCCUAUGAGCAUAACAAGACUGUCGUCUUUUGAGGUAAAAAAAAAAGACUAGAUUCUUGCAUUUAGUAGGUAGUUAUUUUAGUCUGUACAAUCCACUCAUUCAUCAAAUGAUAGAUUGAUACAUCAAACCAGUAGAAGCAAGAGUGAACUACAAUGAUGUACAUCUUACGUUUAUUCAACAUGGGAAUUUUGCAAAUACAUAGUUUUGUCACCUUAGGAUUUUCUGUUGUUUUAUUCUCAUCUGUUUGUCUGAAUUAGUACCAAGAGCAAUUCAUACUUGGCUUCAAGUGUCUGAUGGAUGCUCUAACCGCAAAUUGUGUUAAUCCCAGAGGAUGCGUUAUAUCUGGUUUAGAAUUUGAAAUGGGAAGAGUGUAGAGAAACAAAGAAACUAGAUG